AUGGAUAAACAUGACUUCAAUGAGGUUACAAUAGAUACAUAUAAAAAAUGGAAACAUAUAUUUGGAAAAUUUAAUUUAAGUAUACGAAAAUCUAAAACAAAUACAAAUAUUUAUAAUGAUGAGAAUCCUAAUCAAUUCAUUAAACGAUUUAGUAAAUCAUUCCGAGAAUCGAAAUGGAAAACAAGAGAUAAUAUGGAUUCAUUAAAAUGUACUAAAGAAAUGGAAGAAAAGAAUAAACAAUUCGAUUUUGAAAAGCCUGAGUCAUACAAAGAGACAAAUUCUAUGAAGUGUAAUCCAUACUUUCAACAUACAUCUCAAAAUCGGUUUUAUAGUAGUAUGUAUAACCGCAAGUGCACCACUGAAUUAGUACGAAAUUCAAAAUAUUUAUUUGGAUCUCAAGAAAUAUCACCAAAAACCAAGCUAGCUCAAUAUGAUGUGAAUAUGGAGUUAAUGAAUAAAUUCCGAAUACUUGAAAUACGUGAAUUGGGAAGAGAACCGGUUAAUCGAAUGAAAGGAUGUAGAACUUCAGAAAAAUGUGUACAAACAUCACUAGUCGAAGAGCAGACCACAUUAACUGAGGAAAUGAAAGAUGUUACUAGCGAGCCAUCACCAUCUUCACAGUACUCUUCUGGUUACGUUUCAGAAGUCACAAAUUUAUUGAGUUCUCCAAAUUCUCUUGGAAGACCUGAAGUUGUAGAAAAGAAUAAUGAAAGUUUUGUGAAUACUCCAAAUAAACACCAUGAGGUUGAACCGCUUACAACUCCAAUAAACAAAUCUAACCAACCUUACGACAACGGAUGCUUCAAAAUACCACCACCACCACCGCCGCCCCCACCACCACCUCCACCCAUGUUUCUGCCACCCACAUCUGUUUCAUCAGCUUCAGGUUCUUUGACUCAUACUAUACCUGAAUCCCCAAUGCCGUACAAUAUGAAGCCGAAAAGAACGUUUUCUGCUCCGUUUAGGCUGAAGAAGGCCUGUGUAUCCCCAUUGAGCAAAUCUCGUUUGAAAGAAAAUUCUGUAUGGGUAUUUAUUGAUGAUAGUGAUUUAUUGAGUGAAGAAUUCGUCCGUCAACUUCAUAGAAGAUUUCGGAUCAAAGGAAAUAAAGCAAUGUCAUCAGAUAAAUUGGAAAUAGACUGUGGGAGUACUGUAACAUCUUUAUUCAAUACCCCAGGUUCAAAAACUAGCCAAAACCCACGAUUAUCAAUACAUUCGAAUGCAAACACGUCUAUAAGGAGAUCAAUACGUUUCGGAUCUCAGAGUCUUGCCUCUCGUACUCAAACAUUGGAUCUAUUGCCAGUGAAAGCAGCUCAGGCGAUAGCCAUAGCUAUGGCAUCAGCGCAUUUGAAUCCAGAGGACGUAGCUCGAUCUAUUAUUGAACUAAAGACAACAGUUAACCUUAGUCGCAACAAAUCCUUUCCAAAUGAGAAUACAAAACAUAAAAGUGAAGAUAAAUCGAGUUUCUUGACUAGUACAACAUCGUUCCAGUCGAUACCUGAAACUCUGUUAGAUACCCUAAUCAACUUUACACCCCAGAUGGACAUCAUACUAAAACUGUCUGAAUGUCAGUUGGAAACCUCGAAUCUCAUUGAAGCAGAGAAACUCCUUUACAUGAUAUCUCAACUUCGCCAUCGACUACCUGCUCAUCUCCAUGCUUUACGCAUGCUUCUCCAAUUCGAUACAACUGUUGAUCAAUUAAAGCAGGCACUUUCAUCUGCAUGUAAAUGUCUUUUCGAGAUAAGACAUUCUAAUUCCUUCUGUCAUGUCCUUUCAUGUGCUCUAGCUUUGAUUAAUGCUUUAAAUGCCACUAGACAAUGCUCAGUUAAUGAAUCUACUCAGUUACCAUCUGCUCACUCAGGCCUAACAGCUUCGCAUGGAUUCGUAAAACGUAAACCUUUUCUUGGUUUUGAAGUUAGAAAUCUAGUCCGACUGGCUGAUACUCGUGAUAUAACUAACCAAAGGAAUUUAAUCCAUUAUUUAGUAGAAUUAAUGGAACUCAAUUUUACUGAGGAAGCUCACUCAUGGUCUGAUGAAAUGCCUACAUUAGAUGCUGCACAAAGUUUAUACUGCGCAAAAACACUUGAAGAGAAACUGGUCGAAACGAAACGUGACGUUGCUCGUUUAGAAAUAGAUUUAAGAGGGGUUGGUGGAGUCGCAAACUCAAACAACACGGAAUGGGUUAUCAAAUCUAAUUCAGAUCCUAAAUCAGAUGCUUUUAAAGCAAAUUUAUGCUUUGGUUUAGUGGUGGGACAAUUUUUAGCUCAUGCAAUGCAAGAAUUAAUGUUACUGAGUGAAUUACACAAAACAUUUACCGAAAGAUAUAACGAGGUUGCUAAUUAUCUUGCUUUAGAUCAAGCAAAAUAUACUGCUGAUGAACUAUUUAAUGAUCUGAAAACAUUUAGAGAACUUUAUCGUAAAGCUUGUAUAUCUAAAUAA